AUGUCUAAGCUUUUCGUUGGUGGCCUGGCCUGGCACACCACUGAUGCAACCCUCCGCGAUGGCUUCCAGAACUUCGGAAACGUCGAGGAAGCUGUCGUUGUCAAAGACCAUGAUACUCUCCGUAGCCGUGGCUUUGGAUUCGUCCGAUUCGCGACCGACGAGGAGGCCGACAAGGCGAUGAAUGCUAUGAACAACCAGGAAUUUGAUGGCCGAAUUAUCCGGGUCGAUAAGGCUUCGGAGCGGCCCCGCGGUGGCCCUGGAGGCGGCGGCGGCGGUUUCCACGGUCGAGGAGGCUACAACCAGCGCGAAGGGGGCAAUGGAGGUUACGGUAACCGUGGUGGAUACGGCGGAGGUGGUGGUUACGGUGGUGGCGGCGGUAACUGGCGGAGUUCCAACCAGCAGCAGGCUCAGCCGUACGACCCAAGUCAGGCGGAUGCUUGA